AUGACGACGAUCAACCCGCACGUGGCGACGUCCUCGACCAUCAGCGGCCUGCUGCAGAAGCUGGGCGACUCGGAUCCGGAUUUCCGGUUCAUGUCGCUCAACGAUCUGCUACUCGUCCUCGUGAAUGGUCGGCCCGAGAUCCUGCAGAACGACUAUAACGUGGCAUCUAAGACUGUGGACCACCUUGUUCGCGCGCUGGACGACCAAAAUGGCGAGGUGCAGAACCUGGCAAUCAAAUGUCUCGGGCCCCUCGUGCACCGGCUGCCGCUGGCCAUCAUCGCGACACUUAUGGAGAAGCUGACAGCCCUGCGGCUCAAGAACUCGGUCGAUAAUACCGUCCCUGCCAUGGCCCUCAAGGCAGUGGUGGUCUCUCUCCCUGCCCCGGCCCCCGGCGAGCACCCUACAAAGGACAACAUCGACGCGUAUUCGACCAUCAACCGCGUGCUGAUUCCUCGCUUCAUCGGCUUGCCGACCUCCUCCAAGGUCACCACGGGCAGCCGCACCAACACCCACCACCAGCGCCAAGUGGCUGCUUCGCAGGCGUCCGGUGGUGCUCCGGAAAGCAUUCUCGACAUCAACGCCAACCCGACCGCCGAGUCGGUCGACGUUCUUAUCGAGGUCGUUUUCGAGGUCGAGGCCCUCCAGGAGGCCGUCUUCUCCGUCCUGCACGGCGACCGUGGCAAUUCCGCCGUCAAGAAGCGCGCCGUAGUUGCGGCGUCCAUUCUCGCCGUGUACCUGUCCGAGGACGCCCUGACCAAAUUUAUUACCAUGACGGUGCAGGCGCUGAAUAGGCCCAGCUCUGCCACCCAGCGGCUGUACAUUUCUAUCCUGGGCUCCAUGGCACGCUCCAUCCCCCUGCGCUUUGGCCGUCACAUUGGCGCCGUCAUUCCAUUCAUCCUGCACGCACUGAACGAAGAGGAGCUCGAGAAGCAGCUCGAGGCCAUCUCCGACGGCAACGACCCGAGCGACUUCAACGACGUGCGCGAAGCCGCCCUCGUGGCCCUGGAUGCGUUUUUGGCGUCGUGCCCCAACCAGAUGCGCCCGUACACCGAUGAAACCAUGCAGGCGUGCUUGCGGUACGUCAAGUACGACCCCAACUACGUCGGCGAUGACGACGACAUGGAGGACGCCGAUGACGAGGACGACGAGGACGACGACUUUGGCGGCGACGAGGACGAUGAGUUUGACGCCGAUGCCGGAUUUGAUGACGACGAUGACGCGAGCUGGAAGGUGCGCCGCUGUGCGGCCAAGGCGAUCCACACCCUCAUCUCGACGCGGAGCAGUGGCGACCUGCUGGACAACGGUGUGCUCUACCGCGAUGCGGCGCCGCUGUUGAUCAAGCGGUUCGAGGAGCGCGAGGAGACGGUCCGUCUCGAGGUGAUUUCGGCCGUGUCGCUGCUGGUGCGCAAGACCGGCGAAGGCAUCAUCCCCGAAUUCUCGCUGGACAGCCUGGAUUCACAGAGCGAGUCUGGCGCCCAGCUACCGCUCAGCCGCAAGCGCCGGCGCCAGAGCAGCGUAACCGCUCUUCCUCUGCGGCAAAACUCCAUCACCAGCCCUACGUCACCGACACAUGAGCGCCGGCCGUCUAUCCCUACGACAGGCCCGCGUGCCGACCUCGCUGAGCAGACCCGGUCAAUUGUGACUGCCUGCACCAAGAUUCUCAAGGGCAAGCAGGUGCCGACAAAGCAGGCGGCCAUCAACCUCCUCAACGACAUUGUUUCUGUGCAGCGCGGUGGUCUCUCGGACUACUUUGAGCAGGUCUUGGACUUGGUGCUGGUGACAGUCAAGUCCCCCACAGCCUCGGCGGCUACGUCGUCGCUGUCACUCGGCGGUGGCAAUGCCUCGGCGACACCGACGACGCUUCGCAUUGCGGCGCUCCGUCUCGUCGGCCACAUCGCUAACACCCACAGCUCCCAGGUCCUGCAGCCGUACCUGGCGCGUGUCGUGGACGCUGUUCUCACCGUGGUGUCAGACCGCUUCUACAAGCUGUCGGCCGAGGCCGUCUCGGCCAGUGAGGAGGUGAUCAAGUCCAUCACACCGCCCCGGUCGCGGUCAACGGCAGCGGCCAAGUUCAAACCAGAGAUUCAAAAGCUGUACGACGUGCUCAUGAACCGGGCCACCGCAUCUAACGUUGACACGGAGGUUCGCACAAAGGCCAUCCAGGCACUGGGCACGCUUCUGUCACGCACUGGUGCCGAAGGCGCUUCGCUGCUGGCCCUGGAGAAGCGCAGCAUCGCUUUGGAAUCGUUGCUUGAGCUGCUCGGCAACGAGACGUCCCGCUUGGCAGCGGUGCGGGCGAUUGAUGUCAUUGCGGCAUCGGCCACGACGGCUGUCCCCUUUGACGGCCGGUGGACGCGCCGGGUCACAGUGCACUUGGCGUCGCAGCUGGGCAAGGCUAACCACUCGCUCCGAAGCUCGUGCAUCCACGCCCUGCGCCACCUUGUACAGAGCCCGGCUGCCCAGGGUGAGCUCGACGACACCACCAUCCCCGUCCUGGUCACGGCGCUCUAUCCCGUCAUCUCGCGCAACGACCAGCGUCUGUUGAGCCCGACGUUGCGGAUCCUCAAGGUUCUUGUCGAGAUCCAACCACAGCUCGUUGUGACGACCGAAGUGAUCGAAUCCAUCUGCCACCUGCUGCAGUCGAGCGUGGCGGCAACCGUCUUGGACCCUCUACUGCAACUCGUGACGGUGAUUGGCCGCAGCGGCCAUGGUGGUCCCCUCAUGAAGGGCCUGCUGCGGGAUGUCGGUGUUGUCGGCGACCCGGCCAUCGUUGGCAAGGUGGUUGGCAAUCUUCUGGUGGCCAGCGGCAGCUCAGCCGGUGUGACGAUCGACAGCUUCAUUAAGGAGACACAAACCUUCAAGGCCGACCAGGUGCGGGCCAGCCUUGCGCUGUCGGUCCUCGGCGAGGCCGGCCUGCGGCUGGGCAAGGACUCGCCCAUUCAGCCCGAGCUGUUCGUCGAGCAGUUCACGAGCGACUACGACAAGGUGUCGAUCUCGGCGGCCGUGGCACUGGGCCGUGCGGGCGCGGGCAACGUGCCUCUGUACGUGCCGGUGAUUCUGCAGGGCAUGGAGUCGGGCAGUUCCACACAGUACCUCCUGCUGCAGUCGAUCAAAGAGGUGCUUCAGCAGGUCACUAUUGACCACACGGACAUUAGUGAGUACACGGCCGUGAUCUGGGAUAAGCUGCUGCAGAUGGCCGAUGUGGAGAACAACAAGGCGGCGUGUGCGGAGUGCAUCGGCCGGCUGGCCAUCACGGCGCCCGAGACGUACAUCCCGAGGCUGCACAGUCUCCUGGGCGACCAGUCAGCGGUGCUGCGGGCCAUCUCGGUGCAGGCGAUCCGGUACGCGCUGCCGGACACGGGCGAGGCGUUUGAUACGCUCUUGCGCGAGCACCUAGUGGCGAUGCUCAACAAGGCACUGAGCGACAAGGACAUGGAGAUUCGGCGGCUGGCCAUGACGGCGCUCAACUCGGCGGCCAACAACAAGCCGGAACUCAUCCUAGGCCACCUCAACGAGCUGCUGCCGUACAUUAUGGAGGAGUCCAAGCCGAAGCCGGAGCUGGUUCGCGAGGUGAUGAUGGGGCCGUUCAAGCACCUGGUCGACGACGGCCUUGAGGUGCGCAAGGGUGCGUAUGAGACGCUGUACGCGCUGAUGGAGACGGCGUUUUCGCGCAUAUCGAUCAUCAGCCUGUUCGACCGCAUCAUUGAUGGCCUGGGCGAUGAGCACGACAUCCGGGCGAUGUGCACCAUCAUGGUCAGCCGGCUGGCGUACAUUGCGCCAGAGGAGACGACGAGACACCUCAACAGCAUCGCGGACAAGUUCCGGGCGACACUUUCGAACAAACUCAAGGACAACGCGGUCAAGCAGGAGCACGAGAAGCAGGAGGAUGCCAACAAGAGCGUGCUGCGGGCGACGCUGCUGCUGGCGGACCGGCUCAAGGCGGCGCUCAACGAUGGCAGCUCGACGGUGGACGUGGGCGCGCACCAGACGUGGACGCAGUACUGGGAGUGGGUCAACCGGGCCUUUGAGGCGCAGCUGCGGACGCUGCGCAGCGAAAGCCGUGACAAGGGUGCGGCUUAUUAG